AAAAUUUAUAACCAUAAUAUAUAUACAUGAAUUCUUACUACGGGAUCAAGCAGCCAUUGGAAGAUAAAAAACCAGCAAAAGAGAGAAGAAAGAAGAAAGUAAUCAGAAGGUAAACAAGGGAUGGAAAUGAUUAUGGUUAAGGAUGAAUCAUACCAAAGAAGGCGUCGUAUGAGCUCGGUAUAUGGUGAUGUUCAAGCCGUAAGAUGUGUUAAAAGACGAAGAAGAGACCGCUGUGAUGUCAAUCAAGGUCUGCAACAAAAUGAUCAAAGCAGCAAUGCUCCUGCUGCUGCAAUCACUGUGAAAAGAAGUUCUCGGUUUCGGGGAGUCAGCAAGCAUAGAUGGACAGGCAGGUAUGAAGCUCACUUGUGGGAUAAGCUUUCAUGGAAUGUUACACAAAAGAAGAAAGGCAAACAAGUUUACCUUGGUGCUUAUGAUGAUGAAGAAGCUGCUGCAAGAGCAUAUGAUUUAGCUGCACUUAAGUAUUGGGGGACGUCAACUUCCACUAAUUUUCCCAUAUCAGAUUAUGAAAAAGAGAUUGAAGUAAUGCAGACUGUAACCAAAGAGGAGUUCUUGGCCUCAUUAAGAAGAAAGAGCAGUGGGUUCUCAAGAGGAGUAUCCAAGUACAGGGGAGUUGCAAGGCACCAUCACAAUGGAAGAUGGGAAGCAAGAAUAGGGAGAGUGUUCGGAAACAAAUAUCUAUACCUCGGCACUUACAACACACAAGAGGAGGCUGCUCGGGCUUACGACAUUGCAGCAAUCGAAUAUAGAGGGAUCAAUGCAGUGACCAACUUCGAUUUAAGUACUUAUGUAGGCUGGUUAAGGCCUGGGAUGACAAAUAAUUAUCGAAUUGCAGCUAACGAAACACCAGCAACGGUCGAACCCGAAUCGGUACAAUCAACAAGUUGUUACAGUCCAAUAGAAGAAUCUAAGCCCUCAAUCCACUACCCUUUUGCUGCAGAUUACUUCAACUCUCCUCAAAAGCAACAUGUUGUUGAAACCAAUCUCCCAGUAUCAUACAAGUCUUCAUCACCUACUGCAUUAAGUUUGCUCUUUCGAUCUUCGGUAUUUCGAGAACUGGUAGAAAAGAAUGCAAAUAAUGUAUCAGAAGAUGAAAGCAGUAACAGCGAUGCAGAUGAUGAACAAAAGAAUCAACAACCAGGACGUUCUGAUCAUAGUGAUGAGUUUGGUAGGCUAUUUUAUGAUGAAAUUGGUAGUGGUUUCCCAUUAUUUUUCUCUCCAACUAAAGAUAGCAUACAAUUGCAAGAAAACGAGCUCCCUUUCGUUAUAUGA